CUAAAUUCAGUCUAAUUCCCUCUUCUCUCUUCCACAGCCGCACAAGCAUGAACUCCAUCCACCCUCUACUAACAACCGUCGUUCUCCCUCCAUUCACAGUUGCAAGAGCACGAACUCCCUCCGCCCGCCGUUCACAGCCGUCGCUCUCCCUUCGUUCACAGUCUUCGUUCUCCUCUCCGCCCUCCGUUCACAGCCGCUCUUUUUCUCACAAAACAAAGGAAACCCCAACGAAGAAACCUCCAGAUGUGACAUAUACUUUGAACCAUGGCAUUAUUGGGUCAGUGGAAGCAUCAAAUUCUAACUCUCUCAUCGACGUAGCCAUGGAGAAGGAGAAGAAAUCUAGAAAUUUAACUAACACAGAACCUUCCUCCUUCAAGCUUCUAGUGUCAUUCCCUUCUGGUCUCUCUCCAUCACAGGUCUAUGUUGAAUUCGGUGACGCCUACGAUCGAAUCUCUCACUCUGACCUAACCUUGGCUCUCCUUACAGCCAAGAUAGUCAACAGCAGCACAUAGACCAGAACAAUGCUGCUAUGGAUUUGAUAAACAGUGUUGUAGGUGUUGAUGAGGAAGGUCGGUCCCAGCAGAGGAUUCUUACAUUUGCUGCCAGGAGGUACUUCAAUCACUUCUAUAUAUGAUUAGGAAUAUACACUGGAAAAUUUGUUACACAUUACAAUCUGUUUUGUAAUCUUCCGCGAAUAUUACGAACAAUGUCAUGGCGGGGAUUGUUUGUUCAAACUUAUAAUUUUCUUACUUGGAUGUUCUAUUGAUAUGAUAGGAUUAUAAUGAUUCUCGAAUCUUGAAUGAUAAACUAUAGUCUUAAUGUUUGUUUGGAUGCCUUCGCGAUGUCAAUCUAUAUCUUUUUCAAUGUUUGUGUUCAUGAGUUCUAAUGCGUGUUCAUUGUUGACAAUGAUAGAUUAAUAAUAACUGAAGUGAUAGGUUUGUUGGAAACAUUUUGUUAUCUCUAGUGUUUGCUUGAAACCAGUAGAAGAUCUAUUGAAUUCUGUCUUGAAGACUAUCACGAACUCCUCUCACGGUAAAAAUGACGCGGUUGCCACCGAAACGACAUGCGACAGUGUCGGUUUUGUUUUCGUGAAGGAUUUUCGGCCGUAGAGUGAAGAUAGCGAUGACCCUGUUCGUGAAGCGAAGAGUCUUAAUGCUAUAAGGACCGCGCUCGAGAAUCUUGAAGACCACAAAAAUGGAUGCAACUGACUCCUGUGAGCUGCAACACAAUGGAGGGCACUGUAUCGCCAGGGGCCCUGCCGCAACAAUGUUAUUGUGCUGCAAUUGGUAAUCCUAAUUAUGCUGUGUACCUGUUACUGCUAUUUAUAAUGAUAAUAAAAGUCAAAUACCAAUGUAGUACAAUUCUAUCUCAAUGAGAAUACUAUUGUUACAAGAUUAACAUUUGACGGUCAGGAUGAAAUAAAGCCUUUGUAUUCAUAAAGAAUGGCCCAAUUGUUGUUAAAGGUAAUGAAUAUAAAUAAUGUUCCAUGGAAAGGAAGGUUUGUAUAACAGGGAUAAGUAUGAUUUAAUGAGUAAAAUGUAAAGGUUUAUUAUUUGGUUUAUGUGAUGGUUAAGAUGUUUAAUGCAUAAAAUGAGCCGACAAUAUAUAUAGGUUGUAGACAUUGUUUGUCCUUUAGUUUCUUCUGGAACUUGAGAAGGUUUAUUAAUCAGUUAAUUAUAUGCUUGAUUUCCUUAUCAUGAUUUUUUCGGCCCCACCUUGUUUGUUUUUUGA